UGGAUAGCGCCAUAUGUGCUUUUGUCUGAGCGAAGUAACUUUCCUCCAAUAGAAACGCACGAUUUUAACCCCACCCCUUUUCACUCUUUUCCAAGACCUCCCAGACUUGUUGCUCUCAAGAGCUGUAUUUUAGAAACUUACAACCAAUGUUGGAGAUGAAUACAAAACAAAACGUUUAAGAUAAACGCAUCUAGGAAAUGCAUAAAUUAAAAUCUCGAAGGAGUCUAUAGCUACUAGUGAAAAUACUCAAUUAAAAAUGGAGAGUAAAGAGCUUUUUCAGAGAUCUUUGGACUGGGCUGCAGUGUGGAUUGUUCUUAAUGCUUUGUGUUUUGGAACGCACGCUUCGGAACUUUUAUAUUCCACAGCGGAGGAAUCUAAACCAGGAACUGUUGUUGGACACUUGACUAAAGAUUUAGGAAUGGACGUUCAAGUGAUACUUCUAAGGGAGAUGCGAAUAAUCUCGGAAUCUAACGAUAAAUAUGUUGACGUAGACCUGACAUCUGGAGCUUUGGUGGUCAAGCAAACAAUGGACAGAGAGAGUCUGUGCGGAGGAAGUUUACAUUGUCACAUUCGGAUCCAGGUUUCUCUUCAAAAUCCUUUGGAAAUGCACAGCGUUACGCUAGAAAUUGUGGAUGUUAACGACAACGCGCCACUUUUCCAAAGCCGAGACACUUCUUGGGAAGUUUCAGAAGCGGCUGCGCCCGGAACGAUGUUCCGUUUAGAAAGUGCUCAUGACCCUGAUGUGGGUGUGAAUUCACUGCGCGCUUAUUUUAUUAGUCAAAACGAUUAUUUUAUCCUAAAAGUAGAAACUAAAAGUGACGGAAGUAAAAUCCCAAUUUUAGUCUUAAACAAGCCUCUUGACAGAGAAAAGACGAGUGAAUUUAGCUUAAUUUUAACUGCGGUUGAUGGUGGAAGUGCAGAAAAGUCUGGAAAUAGUGCCAUUUUUAUAAAUAUUUUAGAUGUCAAUGACAAUGCGCCACACUUUAAUAAUCCUACAAAAAGAGUCACGCUUUUUGAAAAUUCACCUCAUAGAUCAUUAGUUACAACUCUUAAUGCCUCCGAUGCCGAUCAUGGUCAAAAUGGUGAAAUAUCUUACACGUUCGAUAAAUACACCCCUGAUAAUGUUUUGAAACUCUUUAGCGUGGAUUCUAUGACUGGCGAAAUUAGAGUUACAGGACUAGUCGAUCACGAGCUCGCUAACGUGUAUGACGUCACUAUUCUUGCUAGGGACAAAGGAAUACCUCCCAUGGAGGGUUCGUGCAACAUCAAAAUCGAGAUUAUUGACGUGAAUGACAACACCCCUGCUAUCACCAUUAAUGUGGUUUCCCCUGUAAUCUCUGAAGAUGUGAGUUCAGGCACUGUCAUAGCCCUCAUCAAAGUCAGAGAUGAAGACACAGGGAAAAAUGGUGAAGUGAGUGUGCACAUCCCUUAUGGGUUGCCUUUCAAGAUGAGUUCGCCAUAUAAGGGGCUUUUCACUUUAAUGACCGAUGGCCAGCUGGACAGAGAGGCUUUGGCUGAAUACACCAUCACCAUGAUAGCCACAGACUCUGGUUCCCCGCCUCGUUCCUCGCAGGAAUCUUUUGUGUUACGUCUUUCAGAUGUUAAUGAUAACCCCCCAGUGUUUUCACAGCCUUCUUACUCAGUAGACAUAGCUGAAAACAAUGCCCCAAAUGCUCCCCUUCUGUCCGUGACUGCAUCAGACCCAGAUGUGGGGGAGAAUUCUACAGUUUCCUUCUCGAUUCUGGAGAGCGAGGCUCUCGGUAUGUCCGUGUCUUCAUAUGUGUAUAUUAACCCAGAUAGUGGACAUAUAUAUGCUAUGAGAAAGUUUGAUUAUGAGCAACUGAAUGCGUUUCAAUUUGUGGUGCAGGUUCUUGAUAGAGGAACUCCAGGUCAAAGCUCCAACACCACAGUGCAUGUGUUUAUUAAAGACCAGAACGAUCACCCUCCUGUCCUUAUAUACCCUGCACCCCCAUCUGAUGGGACACUGCAGUUUUUAGUACAUAGCACACUCGGUAUCGGAUACCUAGUCAAUCGCAUCACAUUUGUGGAUGGUGAUAGUGGCCACAAUGCCUGGUUAUUCUACAGAAUCUCAGGCCUUGAUGCUGAAAUGUUUCACAUAGGUGCACAUACCGGAGAGCUGCGUACAGCCCGUAAACUUACAGCAGAGGACAACAAAUCUGUCUUUAGUCUCACUGUGAUUGUAAAAGAUAACGGCAGGCCUUCUCUCUCCGCUAGCGUGGUAGUUAACGUCACCAUGGCUGAAAAAGCCUCAGACGCCUCUUCUGAACACAGGAGCUCUAACUCCAAAAGACCAACUGGGCCUGACCUCACUUUGUAUCUUAUUAUCACUUUAUCCUUCAUUAUUGCGGUCUCAUUCCUGGCUACCAUUGUUUUAGCAGUGCGCUGGCUCGGCCACCAUGGUUACAUUAUGUGCCUCAUGCAAAAACUUGGUUUCAAGCACGCAUCUCGUGAGCACCAACACAAUGACCUCCACCUGCAGCUAAAUACUGACGGUCCUGUUAGAUACAUGGAGGUCGUGGGGGCCUCUCGGGAUUUCCACAAACACACAUAUACUCCUGGUUUCUCCACCAUCUCCAGCAGAAGUGACUUUGUGUUUGUUAAGGCGCCACAGAGCAAUCUAAGCAUGCGGCUGUCAAAAAGACUCUUCACUCACUCACUCAUGAAGCAAAAGCCACCUAACUCGGAUUGGCGAUUUCCUCCAAACCAGAGACCCGGACCAAGCGGUCAACAAAGGUUCCACACCCUGCAGCAGAGAUGGACUCCAUACGAGAAGUCCAGGGCUGGAGUGCGUCCUGACGAGGCAGGUGCCGGCCCUGGUGUGAUAGCGGGAACAGGACCGUGGCCCAACCCCCCUACCGAAGCUGAACAGCUCCAGGCUCUGAUGGCGGCAGCCAACGAAGCAAGUGAAGCCACUGCAACUCUCGGCCCUCGCUACAAUCUACAGUACGGCCCAGAGUACCGCCAGAACGUGUACAUCCCGGGAAGUACCGCCACCCUCACGGCCAACCCUCAGCAACAGGUACCCCAGCAGGCCCUUCCCCCUCCUCAGGCCCUGCCCCCCGCCGAAGUCCCCAAAGCAGCUCAGACGCCCGCCAGCAAGAAGAAGCCCACCAAGAAAGACAAGAAGUAAGGCACACGGGGAAGCACUAUCAGAGCUGCAGAAAUAUGUUGCCGGGAUCUGAGCAUCUCUCCUCACAAAACGUGUCCACAGGUUUGGUCAAAGAAUCAAAAGAUUAAGAUUCAAUGUUUAUGUCUGUGAGUUUUUCAUUUGUUUGUUUUAGAUUGACCUUUUUUUAAUUAUUGUUAUUAUUAUUAAUUGGAUUUUGAAUUCUAUUACAAUAUAUUAUUCAAUAACCCCGCAAAAAAAAAAAAAAAAAAAAAAUCAAGCAUUUCCUGUCACUGAAAAAUGACUGAACGAAAGGAGAUGUGUUCAGAUUCCUGAAGCUCGUUCUUCGACAGAUAACUCUGUCCUGUAAAUAGCAUUACUAAAACAAGAAGAGAACACGCAUUUCUUCUUUUAAUUUUUUUUCCCCUCAAAUGUCAUGUUUUAGGCUUUUUUGUGUUCUUUUCAAAGCAAAGUAGAUGCUUCUUGUGGUUACAAAAUGAAAUGCUGUUAGGCUUUUUAACAUAAUGUGCCACAACUCUUACCUUGACUGCAAUGAGUAUUGAGCUGAACUAUGCAGUCCAAAGAGGAUGAUGUUUUCGGAGUAAGAGAAUACAUUUACAUUUGUCUAAAACCAGAUGGUGAGACACUGAACUGUUGGCAUGGUAUUUAAAAAUAGAUUCAGUCUUCUCAUUAAUAGCCAGUUAAGCAGAGCUGAAUGUUAGGUUAACACCGUUUGACUAUUCUUUGCUAUUAUUUCCGGUUAGCGUGGUAUAUAAAAAUCCUUUGGAAUUGCAAGUAAUGUAAACAGUGUUUUUUAAAGAUCAGAAAAGAUAAA